CUUGGCUCACACAAAUGUGAUGCCGCGCCGAUCCGUCACUGUCCCCCCAGCCCCAUCUCGAUUUUAACCUCCUCCCCUCGCACUGACUAAAACCAUGAUUUGCCUCAGAGCCAUCCCCUCCCCUCGACUCCUCCACCUACCCCACAUAGCCUCCUCCCCGCUCCGCCGCCUCAGGCCCUCCGCCGUCCUCCGCGCCGCCGCCAUGUCCUCCUCCCCAUCCGUCGCCGCGCCCACCGUAGCGGCACCGGUCGAGCACAUCGUGCUCAUCAAGGUCCGCCCGGAGGCCGCGGCCUCGGGGGCCGCCGCGGCGAUGGUCUCCGCGCUGCAGGCGCUCUCCACGCUCGUCCCGGGGGUCUCCUACAUCCACGCGGGCCCCGUGCUCCGCCUCCGCUCCCCGGCCGCCGAGGCGCUCGGCCCCACCCACCUCCUCCACUCCCGCUACGCCACCAAGGCCGACCUCGCCGCCUACGCCCCGCACCCGGCCCACGUCGCCGCCGUGCAGGCGCACGUCGCCCCCAACGCGCUCGACGCCACCGCCGUUGACUGGGUCAACGCCGCGGGCGCCCCGUCCCCCGUCGCCCCCGGCGCCGCCGUGCGCCUCACCCUCGCCAAGGUCAAGGAGGGCGUGGAGGUCGGGCAGCUCGUCGAGAAGGUGGCCGCGGCCACCAAGGACGCCGGCGAGGCCAGCGGCGCCAAGGUCAGCUUCGGGGAGAACUUCUCCCCCGCGCGGGCCAAGGGGUACCAGUUCGGGAUGGUGGCCGUGUUCGGCAGCGUCGAGGAGCUGGACGCCGUGGAGGGCGACGGCAAGGUGGAGGAGGCCAAGGCCGCCCUGAGGCCCAUGCUCGACGAGGUCAUGGUGCUGGACUUCGUCGUCCCUAGAGUGCUGUCGAUUUGGGAAUAAUGAACUCGUUUGCUUGUGAAAUCUGUAUUAAUCUUGAGAUGAAUAAUAAUCAAUUGCUGUGCCUGCUGUGCUCCCAAGUAUUUACAUGCCGAUGCAUUCGGUUGGUACUCCCGUUUCUAAUACCAGGAAUCAGGAACCAAGCGGUGCAGUUGUUCACAACCCUUCUCAUCGCUAAACAUGUGAUAUUAAGCAUUUGACUGACAUCUUUGCUUCGGUGGUACUCAAGGAUAUUCGUCGGCAUUUGAAUGUAGCGGCUCGUGUAUUAGCCCAAGUCAUGUAAAAAUUCUGUUAGUUUGUGUGUUUUUCAUUCUACUCCCGAUUGUGUUCGGGAGAUUCUUU